UAUAUAAUAUUAACCAAUGACCAAUCUCUGUAUCUUACUAGCAUCUUUUGCGCAUUUGUCUUUGUAUCAGCCGUAGCGGUCUGCAGGGGGAAUCGCAGAAGCUGGAGUUUCUUAGAGCGCUGCAUGGGUUUGGACAAACAUUAGGUAUUGGUAAUAUUACUGGACAAAAAUAUAUCGUUAUUGGUGUCCACCAAAGUUUCCAGCACUAGCUACAAGAAAUGAGAUUGAAUGCAUUUGCUCGUUUUUAUUUGUAUUUAUUUUUUAAAAAGUUUCUUACAUUAUAUCCGUGCUUUUUAAAGGUUAUAUCUCAAUUUUUCAAAAGUAAACACAAAAAGGAUGACACUUAAUGCCCCCUCCCUGCCCCCACCCUAUUUAGAACGUUAGCGUUCCAUUACGUAAAAAAUGCAGUACUACGUCAUGAUGCACCGCUUAUAAAUAAUCUGUUUGAUAAGGGAGAAGCAAACACAAACGAUUCGUGAGUGCAUCGUACGUGUUGUAAGAGCAAGUGAAGCUGAAAGACAUUGACAGUGAAGUGAUGGCUCCCUCUAUCAAUCUCUUCACCUUCCUCGUCCUGUCCCUGGUGGGGGGCAGCUCUUCAUGGGACGAAGCUUCGCCUUGCGGAUCCGGCUCCAUCCUGACAAGGCCCUACACGGCCUUGUGUGAGCUGGAUGCGGUGUGGGGCUUGGUGGUGGUGGUGGCGGCAGCGGCGGCGGCCCUCGCCUCGCUGAUCCUGCUCCUGGUGGUACUGUGUCGCCUGCGGAAAAUCACAGAGGCUGAGGAGCGCAGCGGGGUGGCGCCGCUACUCCUGCUGCUCGCUGCCAUAUUUGGGCUCUGUGGCCUCAGCCUGGGAUACAUCGCUGAGCACCAAGAGAGCCUCUGCUUCGCCCGGCGUGUCCUGAGGGGGGUGUUGCUUGCUGUCUGCAACACAUGCCUAGUGUUCCAGGGUCUGCGACUGCGCCGGUUGGGACAAGGUGCUCAUAGCCCCAGCACAGGUCAACUGAUGGGGCUGGCGGUGGCCUUGGCCGUGUUGGAUCCGGAGUGGAUCCUUCUAGCCACGAUGUCCACGUGCCAGCCAGCCUGUGAUUACCAGCCGCUGGACUUUGCGCUGGCCACCACUUAUGUGCUGGUCCUGCUCCUAGCAGCACUGGUGGGAGCGGCCUGCAGUCUGUGGAGGCAGCAGCCACGGUGGAGGUGCAGGACCACGUGGCUGCUCAUCACCUGCCUGGCCUCAGUCCUGCUGUGGGUGGCCUGGAUCACCUUCUGCCUGUAUGGCAACGCGGCGCUUGGCCUGCCCCCAACAUGGGACAACCGGGUACAGGCAGUGGUGCUGCUGGCACAGGCAUGGCUGCUCAUACUGCUGCACGCUGCUCCUGAGCUCCACGCCACCUUACGGCCCGCAUCCCGCAUGAGAGAGGCCAGUUUAGAGGAGGGCCUCUCUCACCUGUAGUUUGGAGCAAACCGGGACUUCGUGUUCAGUGACAACAACUCAGGUGCCCUCCCCAGCCCCCAGGAAACAUUACAUUUUAAAUAAAU